AUGGAAGAAGUCUAUGACUAUUCGCAGCAUAGAUAUUGUAUUAAUAUCGAUUUGGACUAUGACAUCCUUACCUCUCGAGUGUUAACCCUUAAUAGACCUGACAAGAUUGCUGAAAGGUCUGAACACGAAUUCCGCACCUCAAUUUUAUAUGACACUACCACGAGAAGUAUUAUUGCCAGAGGCAACAAGGCUGAUGAAGCGAUUGAGAAUCCGGAAGGCCUCCAAGAAGGCGUUAUUUAUGUACGCAACACCUUAAGCGAGCUUGCUGACAUUUUUUUAAAAUCCAAGCAACAAACCUUCGACAAUACGGUACUGUACGCGCUCUUGUACGAGGAAGCUAUAGACCUGUUACAAAAAAUACUGGGUCGUUAUCAACAAAAACCGAAUAGUGUAAAUAUGGAUUUUUGUUAUUCUUUGGGUCUUCCAACCAGUUGGGAUUAUAAAAUAAGAGAAGAAUUGUUCCUGCCUCUAUUCGUAAAAGCUGGUCUUCUCCAUGAAAAUGAUGGUCCGGGCAGGCUGCUGUUUUUUUCGAUGUUAGAGUUAAAGUUUCAGAGCGUGCAAAUAAAAAAUUACAACCCUAAUCAUAGAAAGAUAAAGUAUGGUGAUCAGCGCGUUAUCUGUACAAUAGAUUAUCAAAGUACAUUCUCGGUGAAUAUGAAAUUGGUAUCAGCUCAAUAUCCUGCUUUCAGAUUAGCAAAAGGAGACUUGGUGCCACAAUUGUUGAAACAGGCUUACUUUGUAAUCCCGUAUGGACUAAAGGAACUACGGUUGUCAUUAAUAGCAUGUGUGGAAAAGCAUUGUGAUACGACGUUAUCAUCAGAAUCUAUCGACGACAUGCUUGAAAAACUUAGUCAAGAGUACAAUGGAGUUGGUUAUUCUAGAAUAACAGGUGAUGUUUUAUAUGAUCAGCCAUUCCCAGACUUGAAAUCUCGCUGGACGAAUGAAUCAAUCACUUUAGAGGACAUACUUAGUCAUUUUUCUGAUUUUGUUGAAAAAUUCUUUAGAAAUAAAGUAGAUGAAUUUCUCGUAGGCAGGAGCAAUACAGUACCCAGACCAUUGGACAUUUUUUACACAGGUCGAAUCCCGCUAACAUUUUUUGCUAUGGGGCUAAUGUCAUUAGUUUAUUGUUGGUCGAAAAAGUAUUUCAGGGAACUAAGAGAAUCUAACAUAUCCGCGGAACGCGGUGUUAAUUUCCCCAUAUUCGAAUUCUUUCACUAUCCUAGACGAAUAAUUGUAAUUAAAGAUCUUUUACAAAACCGAAUGGUAGAAUUCAACGUGCGCAGAAACCCAGUUAUACUUCCCAAUGAAACAACAAUGGAAGAACCCAAAAAUUGCUUAAAACCUAUUAUCUUCAUCAAUAUCGACAUAUCGCCUACACGAAUCCAGACUGCUUUUACAUACCUAGAUGAAGGUAGACAAGUUGGACAGAAGCAAAAUUUUGAAUGUGAUAUGCAACCAUUAAAAUGUUUCAUUACGCAAUCAGAAAUAUAUCAAAGACCAGUACUACAGAUAUCAAAUAGACUGAAGUUAGG